GUGAGUGUUCGAAUUUUUACCGCUACAAUGCCUGAACCCACCAAGUCUGCUCCGGCCCCGAAGAAGGGCUCCAAGAAGGCAGUGACCAAGGCGCAGAAGAAGGAUGGCAAGAAGCGCAAGCGCAGUCGCAAGGAGAGUUACUCCGUGUACGUGUACAAGGUGCUGAAGCAGGUCCACCCGGACACCGGCAUCUCGUCCAAGGCCAUGGGCAUCAUGAACUCGUUCGUCAACGACAUCUUCGAGCGCAUCGCGGGCGAGGCGUCGCGCCUGGCGCAUUAUAACAAGCGUUCGACUAUCACUUCCAGAGAGAUCCAGACGGCCGUGCGCCUGCUGCUGCCCGGGGAGCUGGCCAAGCACGCCGUGUCUGAGGGCACCAAGGCUGUCACCAAGUACACCAGCUCCAAGUAAACUUGCCAAGAAAGAAGGAGGAGGAGCAUGGGGAAAAGAAGAACGGGGAGAGAUAUGAGUGCAGAGAAGAAAUGAAUGCAAACAGUAACUGAAAAUGAGAAUCUGGCCAUAGAAGUUAUGAAGUAUGAUGUCUGACCUGCCUGAGAUGAUAGAUAAGUGUGUAUAUCCCACCAAAAUCCUACCCAUCCUGAUUUGCUGCACACUGACUUAUCAAAAGGAGAUCACUACCCGAGUGGAAGUGCCUAAACAAGGUGUUUUAGCUUUUUCAUUUUAUUUUUAUUUACAUUAUAAAAACAAUUUACUUCUGUUACAGGCGUAAUUACUGGGAACUCAUUAUUUACCGUGGACUACUUUUGCUGGGGGAAGUCUGAAAGGAUGGCAAAACAUUUGUAAAUGAGAUGCUAUAUUUAAUAAAC